AUGAUUACCAUGGCUCGCCCGCCCUCGACUGAAUUUACAUCACUAGCCGAGUUGGAGGAUCUGCCCAUCAACCGACCUGUCGUUACGGCACAACUGGCUGGGGAUUCGGCUUUUGCGGAUGAAUUUCAUAAGUGUGCUAAGGAGCUUCGGCGCAUGGCUACGUUCAUGUACACCAGUAAGAAAAUCUUGGAUGGUGCCAAAGACAUCGUGUUGCAGUUACGCACACCGAAACAAUACCGUUCAAAACUCGAAAAAGAUGUUCUGGUUUAUGACGGACAAUUAAAGCUCGAUGCUCUCAAGUCUUGGAUCGAAGAGAACGCGUUUGGCGUUGCUGGAGUGAGAGAUACUGAAACUGCAAAGUACAUGUCCAAACUCCCAAUGGUCAUCGUUUAUACCAAGAUCGAUCUGCAACGCGAUCCAGCUACUUUCCGCUACUGGCAUAAUCGUAUAGUCAAGGCGGCCCAGCAAAGCGAGCCUAAAAUGAGAUUUGCCGUCAGCGAUCCCUCGGCUUUCUACCAGGAAAUGUCCGAAUUUGGAAUAACGGAUAUCGACAAGCGGAAGUCCCCUCUUGUCACCAUCACUAACGAGAAGGGUCAACAUUUUCUUAUGGAUGGAGAUUUCAGCGUGGACGCCGUCAAACAGUUCGUCAAGAAAUUCUCCACUGGGUCGUUGGAGCCCUAUCUUAAAUCUGAGCCGAUACCUACAGAGAAAGAUGGCCACGUCACCAAGGUGGUCGCGAAAAACUUCGAUGAAGUCGUACUUGAUCCAAAUGUAGACGUUCUGGUUGAGUUCUACGCGCCCUGGUGUGGUCACUGUAAACAGCUCAAACCGAACUACGAUAAAUUGGCAGAGAAGUUGUCGUCUGAGAAGAAAAUUGUAAUAGCUGCCAUGGAUGCAACCGCUAACACAGUGUCUCCACUUUUCCCAGUAACUGGCUUUCCGACCAUCUACUGGGUUCCUAGGACGUCGAAAGGCAAGCCUGUCCAGUACCAGGGUGAUCGAACAACGGAGGCCAUGUUGGAAUACGUUGCUGCGCAUGCAACUGAUGAGCUGACUAGUUACGACCGCAAGGGCUCUCCGAAGAAGAAAGAACUGUAG